AGGCAGAGGCAUCUCGGACGCCCCUGGACAUGUCGCUACAAGAGCCAACACUAGAUUGCGACUUGAGCAUGCAGGACAACAAGGUCCGCAGCAUGGAUUGUACCAAGAGGUGGCCGUGGAUGAGGGAUCUGCCAACUUCCGUUUGGGCCGGUCGUGGUUGGGCUUUUGAUGAGAACGGGCUCCGACGGCUCUCAUCCUCAGGCGGCAGCAAUGCCAUGCAAGGCGUGGAAGUCUUCGAAUCUGUGGGUCUUGCAGCAGAGGAGGUGAAACCUUCAGUCGACAAGAUCGAAGAAGAAGCCCCAAUCGCAGUGACCGCUGCGGAGCAUCCACUAUCACCUCCCGGGGAGCAGAGGCCAAAUAAAUUCACAAGAAACAACAUUGCGAAGCAAAGCGGGAUUCCCAAUGUCAAGUGGGACAGGAUGCUGAUGGCCUGGCAAGUCAAGUUCCCCAAACGUGACUCCAAAGGAAACAAGAUCAGCUGGACCAACCGAGUCUUCUCUGUGAAGAAGUUCAUUGGCCCAGGCAUCUCCGAGGCCCAGGCCGACGCACUAGCUCUCGAGGCCGCCAAGGCCUUCCAUGCAGAGCUGGUGGAGAAGGGCAUCCUCAGCGAGCCCAAGCAGAAGGACCCCAACUUCACCAGCGAAGUGCCGGGAGUGCAGUGGAGGAAGAGCGCACAAAAGUGGUGGGUACAGAUCCGCCCCAAUGGCGGCAAGAAGACGAUUCACGGCGGCUACUUCACCGAGAAGGCGGCGGCCGAGGCGAAGGCCCUGGAGCUCCGGGAGAAGGACGGCCUGCAGCGCCAGGUAAAGCCCGUGGCCACCCUGUCGGAGCUGCCGGAGUUCCACCCCAAGGUGCCGUACCCAGGGGUGAAGUGGCGCCAGCCUGAGCAGCAGUGGCAUGCAUGUUGCGCCGUUGGCGGGUCAACCCGAAAUUUCAGGGUAAGGCCCAAGGACCACUCGGAGGCGGAGCUGGAGCGCUCCUUCCAAGUGGCUGUGGCAUGGAAGAAGAAGCAGGAGAAGGAGAAGGAGAAAGAAAGCAAGGCUGUGAAGUCCAAGGUGAAGCCCGGGAGGAAGCAGCGAAAGUGAGUGCAAAAGUCACGGAUGCCAAGUUUCAGAUGCUGCGCCCCGUACAGACAAUCCUCACCUGACACGUUCGCACAAAAAAACAAGAGCCUUUCUU